AUGUCACUUACAAGCCAAGAGUUGAAUUAUCUAAUAUGGCGAUAUUUUCAAGAAGCAGGCUAUGAUUUGUCAGCAUUCACAUUUGACCGACAGUCACAGUGCCUGAAAUACGAACAUGCCGAGAAUGAAAGGAUAAUUGAAAAGAUAGCACCUGGAUGUUUGGUGGAUCUAGUACAAAAGGGGAUACUCUACACUAUUGCUGAAGCAGAUGCCAAAGACGAUAGCGAUUAUACGUUAUUAGGUGCACUUGUACAACAAGAAAUUACCAACUUGAGUGACACCAACUUUUCAAAGACAAAGAAUCAAAAGAGAUUUCAACUAAAAUCGGAAGUUGAGAAUGGCAAGCAGGGGGAUGAUAUGGAACUUGAUAAUGGACCAGAUAAUGUCAGUUUUGAAACAAAAGAAGUAUCGAAACUAUUGGACUUCUCAUCUAGUUUAUCUUGCGAUUGGUAUCCCACUAGUGAAGUACUAGCAUAUGGCAAGCCCAAUGGCAGUGCAAUCAUUAAUGCGAUAAACGACGGCAAAUUUGUUGAGUCAGUAGAGAUCAAUCACCCUGAUUUACUAAAUAUCAAGAAUGAGAUUAACAUGGUAUCCUGGUCUCCAUUGGGAAAUUUGUUACUUACAGCUGGCGCAUUCAGUGAAAUACGUGCAUGGUCUCCCGACGGAAGGCUCAAGAAUAUCGCAAACACUGUAUUUGAAGAUAUCAAUGCCGAGAAUGAAAUUAAACAAUCGCUCAUUACAAAUAUUUUAUGGAAUAAGCUGGGUAAAUUUGUAAUAACCAUUGACAGUGCCAAUAAUACUACAGUUUGGGAUGGAGUGACGCUAUCAUUAGUACGACAAAUUAAAAAUGAGGAACCAAAUGACUCUGCUGGUGCUGCUGGUGCUGCUGGUGCUGCUGGUGCUGGUGCAGUUCAGACUGCUUGUUGGCUAAGUGAAGACAAGUUUGCUUUAACAACUGCAACUCAGGGAAUCAAGAUAUACGAUAUAAUACAACCACACGUUGGCGUCAAUAGUUUUGAAGUGCAGCCGAUUGGCAGUUUACCCGGACAUCAAAAUCAUAUAUCAUUGAUGAAGCUUAAUGAAUUUUCCAAGCUUUUGGUUACUUGUUCUGAUUUUGACUAUGAGAUCAAAGUAUGGAGUAGCUCAUCAGCACAUACGUCUUUGGAUUUAAAUGUCAAAUCAGAAAAAAAUCAAGGUUUGAAAUUACAUGGCUCACCCAUUAUUGGAUUACAUUGGAUACCAAAUACUGAGAAGAGUAUACUAGCAUCGCUUUCAAUGGAGGGAAUUUUAAACAUAUGGGAUGCCGAGUCAGGUGAAACUAUUAAAAGUUCGGAAUUGUUCAAAAAUGCAGACAAUUUCUCGGCUGAUCUACGUCACCACGUUUCAAAGGAUGUACUAUUAUUCAAUAGUGUCUUGUCACCAAAUGGGAAACUACUAGCUGUGGGUGAUGAUUUUGGCAAGAUAUCUGUAUGGGAUGUCAAUUUGGAGGGUUAUGGUUAUGAAGACAAGAGUUUUGUUAGGUGUGUUGUUAUUUACACACCAGAUAUUGCGGAAUCUGAAGAACGGGAGUCUACUGUAGGACUAAGCGAUUUACGGUGGGAUCAUGAGUCGAAAAUGCUAGCUGCGUCAUAUAUUGGAAUAGAAAGUGUAAUAAUUAGUAUUGUAUAA